AUGGCUGCUGUUGCCGCUUCCUCCCUCGCCGCCAAGGCCCCUGCCGCCGCACUGGCACAGACUGGGUUGACUUCCUCAUCCAGCUCCGCUCUUCCCGGCUUUUCCGGACUCCGGGCCUCACCUCCCGUCAAGGCCGCCAAGAAGACCAGCUGCGCGCGCGGCUGCAAGUGCGCGCGCCAUGCCGUCGUCGUGCGCGCCGCUGCUGAGUCCAACGAGGCGUCCGAGCAAGCUCUCUUCGCCAGCGUCAGCCAGUCCGUCGCCGCUCCCGCUGCUCCCGCCGCCAACUCCGGAGUGAUCGUCCCGUCGAUUCUCGGCGCCGGUAUUCUUGGCGGCGCUGCUCUCGCGCUCCUUUCCAAGAAUUCCGUCCCCGCCGCUUCCGCCGCUGCCGCCACUCCACCUGUCACCUUCGACGGCGGCUACGUCCCCCGUGCCAAGCGUGCCGCACCGGCCGCGCUGGCAACGAUGGCGGCGACGUUUCCGAACGCGAUGCAGGAGGAGACGUUCAUGCGCGCCGUGGCGGCGGAGCUCUACAACCUCGGCUUCAAGCGCGACAACUGCAUCGCGCUGGUGAACACUUGCCGCGACGAGGUGUGCCGGCCGAUCGUGAAUCUGAUCGACCGCGAGUUCGGCAUGAGCUUCAACAUCGCCGGGCUGGGCGGGCUCGUGAACUGCGGCAAGACGGGGUUCAAAGCCGCCAUGAGCCACUCGCCUGAGUUCCCCUGCGACAAGAGCGGCAAGCCCAAGGAACGAUACAUUUUCUUCGGCUUCCCCCACGUGUCCAUUGGCGAGACCGGCGAGGUCGGCUCGCUGCUCCGUCGCGGUCGCGGCAAGCCGUCCAACGCGUGCGGUGCGCUCAUCGCCAUCCGCGGCGACAUUUGCGCUGGCGGUCCCAUCGUUGAGGAUCCCGACAACGCCGAGUACAUUCUUCUAAAAAAGAAGGUCGCGUCUCGAGUUACCACCGACGAGCCCAACUUGGUGCAGGUCACCCGCGCCGCGCUACAGGCUAUCACGGACGACCUCGAGUACCUUAUCUCUCAGACCGUAGACCCCGCGACUGCGGAUUACGCCGUUAUUACGGGUGUUCAGAUUCACUCGGGGAACAACCUCCCUGGCGAGCCGUUCCAGACGGAGCGCCUCUGUGACUACAUCGCCCCCAACGCUAUGUACGCCGUGAUCAACGGCGAGAAGCACAUUCUCCACUGCGAGAUCAACCAGAUCAGCGCCAUCAAAUCGGUCCCCGCCAGUCAAUUUGCUUAA